AUGCUCGUGCCCCCUGAUAACUUUGCAUUUGUCGAAGACGGACUUUACCGGUGUUCGCAGCUGGACGCAAUCAACAUGCCGUUCCUAGAGGCGCUGGGACUGCGGACGAUCGUCUGGCUGGAUGAGGAGAAACCGCCGCGGCCCAUCAAUCAGUACAUGGAGGACAAUCAUGUGCGACUUUGCCAUCUGAAGGAGUCCAGCAGCGUGCCCGAGGAGGACGAGAGCUUGCAGUUUCAGGAGUGGAUGGUUCUGAAGCCAUCAUUGGUGGCAGAGACGUUCCGGAUCUUGCUGGACUACAAAACUUAUCAUGACUGUCUGUUGGUGGACAGAAGCGAAGUCAUGAUAGGUCUAUUGCGGCGGAUCCAGCGAUGGAGUUAUUCCAGCAUCUCGAACGAGUAUAGGCUGUUUGCCAACACCAAGGCCAACUAUGCUGUGGAAAACUACCUGGAGCUCGUAAACAUUGAGCUUGUUUCAUCUGAGCGAUUGUUGGACCUGGAGGAGGAGGAAGAGGAGAGCGAGCAGUUUGAAGAGCCCAAGAGCGUUGAGAACGAACUCAGUAUGAGCCCGCAUCUUUCUGUGUCGUCGUCGCCGCAGAUCCCCAAAAACCUACUCAAACUCGUGGAAAUGCGUCGCCAAAAGAGAAAACAGCGACAAGAACGCCAAACAAGCGUCAGCGGACCGGGAGUCAGUUUCUAUAAGCCGGCAGGCCCGGUGUCUGUGCGAGUGCGGCUCCCAAGAGAAGAAAACCUGCCCAUGUGGUUCGUGGACCUCCGAACAAGAUGGGAGCAGGAAGCUUGA